AUGAUGGCGUUCCUUCUUCGCUUGACGAGUGUUCUCUCCCUAUUCCUCUUUCGCUUCCCGGGAGCCUGGGUGAGAGGUGAAUCACCCGAGCUAGAAAGUGAAAAGUGUUGCCCAGGGGAAGGUCAACAUGCGGUGUUUCACCCAGACACGGGGACCGUCCGGUGCGUCGGACUCCUCGAAAGCGAGGAUGCAUUUCCCUUUCCAGACUGCAAGGCGAAAGCGAAACUCGUGCGGUCCAACCAUGUCGAUUCUGAGCCGAGGACGAUUCCUCAUUGCCGCGGUGAAUUCCUCGUCGGCGACGGGGAGAAUGAAACCGUCCUGGAAGCGUUCCUUUUCUGUCCCUCGGAUGCCGACAGCGAGAGAGCCAACCAAACGAAAAUCCUCCUCCAGAAAUGCUGUCCCUUGGACGAGGAAUACGAUGCGGAUCUGGAAAAAUGCAUCUCCCGUCGCCAUGAUUGGACCCCAACGGUCUUCAGUUCAACGAAGGGGGAAUUUCGGGAUCUGUCGCGAGACGAAUAUCGGCUCCGCAUCGACGACCUCUCUUCCAUUCCGUGUACGAAGCACUUUCUAUCGUUUCAUGCCCCAGGACUCGUUCCUUGGCAGGGAUACCCCGUGGUUCUGGACACCGGUCAUCUCUAUGUCCCUGCCUUGAAUUCUACGUUUUCCCACGACCAGUUCUGUUUAGACUAUGGGCGAUUUCCCUCGGAUAAAUCAGAGGGAAAUCUGGCUCGGAUCUGUCACCCUACUGAGAAAAAGAUCCAAGAGUGCGAAGGGAAAUCGUGCGUCCUCAAAUGUUGUCCCGAGAGCGAUUACUUAUUAAAUUUGGCCGGACGUUGGCCUCGAUGCAGUCCGGCGGGAAAGAUCUGGGAUCCUAAAAGGUAUUUUCGAUCUCAUCCCGAUUUAGAGGACAUUCGUGUGAUCACGGGUUUCCCCGUUUGUCCACUUCGGCCGAUUCUGCUCGGAAAACUGCAACUGGAUAUCGACCCGAAUCCGAACCACGACUUCUAUUUCUCCGGGACCGGAAGCCUCACGACGCGCGUCUUCGGUGGGGUCGCGAUCCACUUCGACGUCCCUCGUUAUUGCAUCGACGAGACCAGGAACAUCUUCGGGGUGAUGAAUCAUAUCGCCUGCGUCUGCGAUCCGAGACUGAGGAUGUCGACGAAGACGACGGGCGCCUCCUUCGUGCUCGCCCCCCUGUCGGCGCUGUUCCUCGUCGUCGCCUUCCUCCUCAUUCUUUUCUCUCCCGAACGGAAGAGCCUUCCCGGGAAGGUCCGCGUCGUCUGCGUCGGCUCCAUCCUCCUUCACUCUGUUUGUGUUUGCUUCCGCACGGACACCUUCUACUUCGGCGUCUCCAUACCCCUUUGCCUCGUUGCCAAUUUGGUCGACGCCUUCUGGAUCCUCUCCGCAUUCUUCUGGCUCAACGUCAUGUGUUUUGAUCUCUGGCGAACUCUCAGAGUCCUACAGACGCCGCUUCUCAAGGAAGAGACGAAGAGGCUGUUGGUAUAUAGCCUGUAUGCAAUUGGAUCCCCGGCGUUCCUGGUCGCGAUAGCGUGCAUCCAGAUAUUCGCAGGAGGCGUCUUUCCUCUCAGGGCCGAUUCGGAGCUGGUUCUCAUGCUUCAUUCGCGAAUGUGCAUUCCUCUCGAUCCGCCUGGUGGAAUUUGGUACAAUUUGGUGCCGGUGUUCUUCAUUUUAGUGACUAACGCAAUUUUCUUCGGUCUCUCACGGAAUUCCCUGAUUCAGCGUGCCAAAGAUACGUCACACCUCACCCCAACCCAGAAACAACUGGGAACGUUUUGGUUGUACCUAAAGUUGUUCGUGGUGAUGGGAGGGACCUGGCUGGCGGGGAUGGUCGGCUACUUCAUCCAAGAGAUUCCGGAUCCCCAUUUCCAUACGGUGCUCUCAGGGCUCCAGGGAGUCUUCAUCUUCUUCAUCUUCCUUUGGGAGCAGGACGCCGUGAAAUCCCUCAAGUCUAAGUGGGAAGAAAGUCUCGCAAGCCUUCUCCUUGCGAGAAAGAUAGCAAAGUUUGCCUCUUCUUCUCGUACCGGAAACAGAGUCCUGCAGACGUCGCUCCUCAAGGAAGAGACGAAGAGGCUGUUGGUAUAUAGCCUGUAUCCAUUUGGAUCCCCGGCGUUUCUGGUCGCGAUAGCGUGCAUCCAUCUCUUCGCAGGACGGGUCUUCCCUCUCAGGGCAGAUUCGGAGCUGACCCUGAUGCAGAACUGGGACAAAAUCGUGAGAAACCUCCUGGCGGAUCAAGUCGCCCCGAUCCUCAUUUCGAUGAACAUCCUCGACGUGGAGUGGAAGGACACCGUGGACGAGCCGAAAACGAGGCAGAACAAAAGCGAGGCGAUCCUCAGACUCGUGCGGGCGAAAGAUGACAACGGACUACGGGCCUUCCAGGAAGCGCUUCGGAGAGUUGGGCAACUUCAUCUCCUGCAGAAUAAUUAA